CACAGUAUUCCCGUAUGCCUGCUAAACCUCCAUGUUGCUCUGGCUCUAUCAGCAGGGAAGUGGAAGUGGUGAGAGCAGCAAAGUGAAAGGUAACAGCGUGCCAGGCAACAACACCUGCCAGGGGACCUUGUUUGGCCCUCAGCAGUGCAGUGUCUGUGCCAGGGAGCAGGCACUGGCAGAGCAGAGUCAGGCCUAUUUUCUCCAUAGUUAUGGAGUAGCAGAAGAUGCACCACCAGAGAUGGAUGCCCCAAUCUUUCAGGCCUUACCUCCUGGGUUUCCACUGUAUGACAUCCGCAGGCCAUUUGUAGAUCGGGCAAAAAGGAUUGACACUAUAUCCAGGGCUGUGUUCCCUCUGAGUUUCCUUUGCUUCAAUGUUUUCUAUUGGCUCACCUACAAAGUGCUACGGAAUGAAGCCAUCUGAGCUACUCCAACAUCUGAUGACUGAAUU